AUUCGUGGAUGCCGUGAUUUUAGCGUCAUCCUUAUCGCACCGUGGGUUCGAUGAAAUUUAUAGCGCAGACCUCUGACUCUUUUAAGGCUGUCGCGUAAGGGUCCCGUAAGAAAGAUUUACGACUCGUCGCGAGGACGUUAACGUUAUUGUUAGAUGAAAUUUUCACGCGGAACAGUCGCGUCUCGUUUUCGUGGAGGUACGCUACGGUGCACCGUUUGUUCCGUUGUGCAAUACGCGUGUACGCAACAUAAUACGGAUAUAAUUGUUUGACGUUGUUGUAUAAUACGUGGUAUUCAACGUGGAUCCAGUCACGAGUGGAACGUCGUCGCGCAAACAGCCUCGAAUUACUAUCCUUCGCCGAGUCUCCGAUUCGAUUUAUUCUUUGUUCGAUCGUUCGUCGGUUAUCGAAUCGGAUCGCGAACCCCGAAAAAGAAUCCCGAUAAAAGUGCAACUCCUUGCGUUCCGACCGAAUUUUACGAGUUUUAUCGAGCAGUUUUUUAAAAAAAGAAACAGAGUGUUGGGUGUGAUCGGUGCGAGUUCCAUAGUGCUUUAUGCUUUCGCAUUAAUUUCUAUCUAUUUUUUCUACUCUUUCUUCGAUAAACACGGAUACGCUUAUUUUUCAUAAAACUUUUCAAACUUUUAGAGAUCGUUUAAACUACGAAAUUCGCUCUGCCGAUUUGUAUUAACGGUUUUUUCUCGUUUUAAACCACGAGUUGUAAUGUCGCGUUAAACGUUUCGCUCGAAAGUUUCCGCGUCACCGGAUUUUUUCUUCGUAUCGAGAAACAUGUAUACUAACGUCGUCACCGUAAUCGUCCACGAGUUCGAACGAGCACGCAGCUGGAACGAAAUUUUUGAAUCGCGCAGGAAAGCGAAAGCUCGAUCUACGACUUGUGUAUAAACAGGAUUCGUAGAAACGGAAUAUAGAAAAUAUGUAAUCGUCGAAAAUAUUCCUUAUGUUCUGUCUCGCCGCGCGCUCCUCACCAACCGAUCAACCUUGCGCACCGAUCGAUAAUUAGAUAAUUAGAUAAUUAGAGAAAUAGUCGUUUCUAUAUUUAGUCCCGUAGUUGUUCGUUGCGUGCGCGCAAAUUGCCUGUCAAAUUUUACUUUCAUCGCGAAAGCGUAUUUCGAUUCGGAAAAUAAACGCGCGAACCGAGAACUCGCGCCGCUCGGUCGAGGUGCAAAGUGCGCGUCUGAACAGACUACGAGAGCUUGGAAAAACGGUCAUUCGCGAAAUUGGAACGUUCAAGUUGAACGAUAACCGCCGCGCGGCGUUUACCGGUGAACGCUUUACGUAACGCGACAUUCGAGCAAGGUGCGACCGAGACUGAGACGUUCUCGUUCCUUCUAGCCGAGUUUGCGAUCUUUCUUCGAUACCUCGGAAUUUACGCUGGCUCGAGCCGGGAAUCUCUGUUUUUGUCGCGCGUGUAUCCCGUUCGCUGGCAUUCUACCAGCCGAAGAUCCUCCUCUACGCUCCAACAAAUAGAAAUCGCGGUUCGUUUUCGAAAGCUUCUAACGUACCUUCGUUAACGACAACCUCCGAUAUUAUAUUUACGAUAUUUACUUAUAUGUAUACACGCGUAUACGUAUAUUUCUAGGAGAUUUAACUCGUAUAGGAUUUUUGAAAUUUCGGAAUCGUUGAAUAAUCGGAUAACUCGUUACUCUGUGAACGGUUAAGCGAAACGUUUUUGUCGGACGGUACAGUGUCUUUUCACCCUCGACGAUCUUUGCUCGAACCGCAACGGAAAUCUUUUGCCGAGAAACGCGAAUAACGUUCGGUUCGUUUCGCGUUAUCGAACGAAAAUGAAAACCAGUUACCGCGGAGGGCUCGCGAACGAGUGUUUCGUAAUUUCGAGCACCGUUUAAGCUUCGAAGGAAAAUAUUCGAAGAAAAAUGGAAGCUAGACACGCGUGGGCAUCGUUGAAGUCGAUCAGGAAAUUAUCGUCGUCGUUGAGCAACGGUAAUAGCGACGCUAACGGCGGUUCUACCACGACCUGGUACGACGCGCCGGUGCCGGUGAUCAUCCAUUGCCACGAGUUUCCCGACGCGACCGAUCGGUCAGAGAUCGUUUCCAUGGAACGACGAGCAAGCGAAGCGGAAGAAGAAGAAAAAGACGAAGCGCGUCGAACGAGCAGGGAACAGGUGGCGAGCGAAGAAAAACGCGAGGACACGGGACGAGAAGGAGGAGAAAAACGACACAGAAGCACGGUGGAGCUGACCGCCGUGGCAUCGGUGAAAACCGACGAGGACGGCCUGCCCGAGAUCAGUUUUAGUUUCCUGCACGCGAACCUCGAUCGGUGUUCGUUCGGCGAGGAAACGGCACCGAGUAGGAGCAUCGAUUCGGCCACGGUCACGGCCACGAGCACGGCCACGGUCACGGACAACCUUCUCGAACAUCGACGGACGUCCACGCAAAAUCGACCGUACGACUUUCCUAACGGCUUACGCGUGCCCGACGAAAUCGAAACCGAGAAAGUCGUAGAAAGUCGGUGCGCGGCAGAAGCGCCGCGCGACCAGACUCGAGGCAUCCCCACGACUCGACGAGAAUCCGACGACGCGGACAUUAACGUCCUCGAGGACACCGCCGAACGAAAUACGGACAGAUACGAUCGGGCUAAGCGAUUAGUCAGGUCGUUGAAAUUAGGACGAAAACGUUACGGCGAAUCCGAGAGCGACGGCGAAGACGCUGGAAUUCCGACGAUAUCGGGUUCCUAUUCGGAUCCCGAAUGUUCCAACGACGUCUCCGCGAACGUUUCUCCGAGAUGGAAGAACGGACAUUCCAAGUUGCAGAAACAUCGACUGGGGAAAGCAUGGGAGAAAAUGAGAAGCUGGCUACGCGACGAGACGUCCAAGAUCAACGAGGUCGUGAACAAACACGCUAGGUUGCAGGCUGUCGGCGCUUUGACCGGAGAAGCUCGCGUCCCAGUUAUUUCGAAGAGCAACAGCGCGUCCUACGAUCUGACCAAAGCCAGCACCCAACAACUCGGAUCGAUCACGAAAGUCGAGGAAUUCGGUUUGACCUCCGUCACGGAAGAGAACGCGACUCGUCCGUCCGAAAACGACGAUAUCGCGUUGGUAAACGCUACGUCCGACGCCUCGAAGAACGCCUCGAAUAAUUUACGACGCGUCGUCGGUAGUUCGGACAACGUGUUCGACGAGGAUGCUAAGGAGAAAAUCGUUACCUCUUACAGCGUGGACAAAUUGUGCUUCGAUACGGAACACGAAGAGACCGUCGGGAUCGAGAACAGCCGGGAUCAUGCUCGGAAAGCGGGUCUGAUUAAGAGGAGAAUGUUGGGGUCAAUCAGAGGGUUAAUGGCCUCCACUCAUCUACUGCACGUUCACGAGCCCGAAGAGGGUGGACAAGGCGGGUUCGAAGACGUUCGACGAUACGUGAAACAAGGUGGCGAUUUCUGCAAAGAACUGGCCUCGAUACUUCACGAGAGGGCGGAAUUGGAAGCUACUUAUGCCAAAGGGCUCAGCAAAUUGAGCAUUAAAUUAACGAAGGCGUGCGCGAAGGAUCAAGGUGGCAACAGCAGCGGAGGCGUGAACGAAGCAUGGAGAUGCGUCGGCGAAGAAAUGGAAGCUGCCGCGGAAGCCCACAGAAUCUGGGGAUUGACGCUCGGCGAACAACUCGCAAAACCUCUGCGGGUAGGCGUAGCAGAGGCUCAAGGACGCUCGAGGAAAUCCAUCGAGAAUUCCGUCGACAAGGCGGGAAAAAGUCUUCACGAGUGGCGUAACGUCGCGAUGAAAAGUAAGAAACAAAGUUUCGCUUGCGCGAGAGAAAACGAGAGGUUACAGGACCUAGCGAGGUUACAAUCGAUCAGCCAGAGCCAACAAAGCAACAACAAAUCUUCGAACCAUCAUAUGACGGAGAAGGAGGCGAGUAAGCUCGAGGCGAGAAGGAGAAAGGCCGAGGACUCCUCUCGUAGGGCGGAUACGGAGUUUUACACGGUGAGCGUGAGAGCCGAGAGAGCCAGGCUCGAAUACGAAAGUACCAUGAGGAAGGGGGCUAAACAAAUGGAACUUCUCGAGGAAGAACGAUUAAGCGCUCUCAAAGAUCUAGCGAACGUUUAUCUGGCACACCUGCAAGCUCUCGCUCCCCGUCUACAACAGAGCGCAGACCGUUUGGCAGCUCCUGUACGUAACUGCAACGUGUCUCAAGAUAUCGAGAUCCUGAAGAAUCUUAUACGCAGAGUAGAGAGUAACGACGGAUGCAAUUCCGAUCAAUUACUUCCUGAUUUUUAUGCCGAACAUAUUACUCUCGCGAUGAACAGAGAACGUCGAAAGCAAGCGUUAGUGAGAGUUCUUCAUCUGAUCAGACAAGAUUUGGAUCGAGAAAGACGCGGUAGAGAGGGUUUGGAAACUCUCCAUAGAGCUUUCGUCGCUACACCGGCGUUCGCGGCGGACGAGAGCACGCAGAACGUUACCGAUAAACUACAUCACAUGAGAUCCAUGCUGCUCUAUCUGGAAGCGGCGAGGUACAAAGUUGGAGGUACCUUAGCGGAAGUGGAAGGCAGUAAACGAAGCAAACAUCCGUUAGCCGAGCACAUUUUAGUUUCCAGAGAUAAACAGGGUUUGCAACAAAGUGUCCUUAAGAUUCCUUCUUGGGCGAAAAACGAAUCGUUCGAGAUUCAAGACGACGAGGACGAGAUAGAAGUUCAUCUGUCGAAGACGGAUCACGAUACCGAUAGCCGUCACUGGCCCGAUCGAACAGCCGGUGACGGCAAUUCCGAGAAUCCACCCGACGAAGAUGACUUUAGCGAUUUCGAUGAAUUCAGCAGCCAUUCCGAAGACAAUAACAAUCAAGACGUGGACGCCACCGAAACGACCAGCAAAUCCGAAGGUACGGAACAGUGCAGAGCGAUCUAUCAAUACUCGGCGAAUCUGAACGACGAACUUAGCUUGAGCCCUGGAGACUUGAUAACGGUUCAUCAGAAACAACCGGAUGGCUGGUGGAUAGGCGAGUGUAGAGGAAGAACUGGAAUAUUUCCAGCAACCUAUGUACAAGUUAUUCACUGAUCCUUUGAACAGCUUCUUCUUCUUCUUCUUCUUCUUCUUCUUCUUCUUCUUCUUCUUCUUCUUCUCAGAUCAGUUGCUUAAACAUCUUGCGAAAAAUAAAGAUGCCUCGUAAGCACAGACGUACAUACUUCCACCGCAAAACUAAUUAAACGGAUCAAAAAAGGUACCAAAGCACACUAAUCGAAGAGUGUGACGUUCUCCGAUGUUAACGUCGAUCGUUUAAAGUCAAAACAUUCGACGUUCAACUGUAUUGUUCGUAACAACGAUCGUCGAACAGUUUCGAUUACGAUCUUGACAUAUUAGAACCGCGUUAUACUCCUCGGAAAUGGUUAUUAAUUUCACCUGCACCUCUUUAAUAUAGCUUUUUAAAAUACGAAUCUUCCAAUUAAUGGAUACUCCGCUUAUCCUGUUUGCGUCCAUCACGUGCCAACGUUAGCAUACGCGUGCAAACAUUCUGCAAAUACGUACAACCCAAACUUAACGCCAAAUAGUUGCUGUAUUUGGCGAAUCGUAAUCCGAAAAAUGAAAUAUUUAUACAACGAACGAUUCCUUGCAACUUUUAUAAUAAUUUAUGUAUCUCUAAUUUCUAAUUAAUUUAUAACGUUUAUGUAAAGCGUAACGUUAUUAGUAAAAUGUUUGUUAGUAAAAU